AUGUCUCAAGAAGGUGCUACCAAUAACCAGGUCAUCGAGGCUGGUCUCCACCAAAUCAAUCUUUCCGGAACAGUUGCUAAGGGCAUCAAGUGCACAAUCAAGGCUAUCCUUAAGGACAAGGUUCAGCUUGUUCUUCUUGCUGAUGAUACAGAAAACAAGGACUACAAGAACCUCGUUGCUGGCCUUUGCAAGAAGCACAACGUCAAGCUCCAGGCUGUUGAGAAGAAGGAACUCCUCGGCAGAGCUCUUGGCCUCACACAUCUUAAGGCUGACGGCUCCGUCCGCCGCCAGAUGAACUGCGGCGCCUGCGCUAUCAUUGGCUACGGCAAGGUCGAGACAGAAGAGCUCAAUGCUUUCCGUGCUGCUUUCGAUCUAGCUCAGUAA